AUGAAAGCGGUCUACUCGACCCCUUUAUUUAUGUUCUCCAAAAAGUACACAGCAACAACUGACGAGCAAGAGAAAACUAGCUCACCUGACGGCUCCGAUCAACCUACGCUACACGCUGCGCCCCACUGUGAGCCAAUCCUGACAAAUCACCGUGCUGGAUUCGGCGGGUGGAAGAAAAGCGAAGUAAAACGACGAGUCCUGACCAAUAGAAAGGCAGGACUCAGCAUUAAUGGAAAAAUUGAGAAGAAACAAAGUCACUUACCUGUCAUCGAUGCAUCGCAAAUCCGAUCGAAGACCGCGGAAGAAAUUGGAAGCCGUAGUCGGUCGAGGAUGUUGGCGGUACUGAUUGGAAUUGAAGUUGGCUGUCGGAUGCGUGAACUCGGAUCGGAACGGUGUAAACGGAAUAGAGCACCAACGGCUCAACACUCUACGCUGCGGCCGCAGCUUUCUCUCAACCUCGCGCGACCCCCGAAUCAACACUCGACCCCGACGGCUCAGAACACCCCUUGGGCCCCUCCCAAGGGGCUUUGCAGGUAA